GUCAAAAUGGCAGAGCUAACAACACUAGAGAGCCUGCUGGAGAUGGGCUUUGAAAGAAACAGAGCGGAAAAGGCAGUGGCCAACACAGGGAACCAGGGAAUAGAGCAAGCCAUGGACUGGUUAAUGGAGCAUGAGAACGACCCAGACAUCGAUUCGCCCUUUGUGCCGCCCGUUGCGAGCGUCCUGGGAGGAGAAGCAGACAGCCAGUCCACCACAGAUCAGCCGUCACUAGCAGACACCGCUGAAGGGACAGCAGGUGGGGACGGCAGCUACAAAGAGGACGACGAUGAGAGUGCAAGGAUUCCAAUGUCAGAGGAGGAGAAACUUGAGCAAGUUAAAAGGCUAGAGGAGCUGAUGCGGGUGAAGCAGGCGGAGAGGCGAGAGCGAGAGCGGGCAGAGGAGUUGGAGCGGGAGAAGAUGCGGAGGAGGCAGGGCCAAGAGCUGCAGCAGAUACGCCAAAAGCUGCAGGAUGAUGAUAUGAAAAAACUUACUGAACUUCGCAGAAAAGAGAAGAUGGAGGACAAAAUGGCAAGGCAAAGGGUUAAAGACAAGAUUGCACGAGACAGAGAGGAGAGAGCACAGAAGUUUGGAGGCGGUGGACCCCCGAGCACGGCGGCAUCGUCCCAGCCUGCCCAGCCCACCCCGUCGUCACCCACCAGUCACGGCCCUCCACCCACUAAGAAGGAAUACGAUGAGUCCAGGAUACAGGUACGUCUGCUGGACGGCUCAACCAUCACAGCAGUCUUCAAGGCCCAGGAGCCGCUGGCGGCAGUGCGCGUCUACGUGCAGGUGAAUGGCAACACACCCGAGGGUCAAGACUUCACGCUGCUGUCGCCCUACCCCCGUCACGAAUACACUGAACUGGACAUGGAGAAGCCCCUCAAAGAACUGGGUUUGGUGCCUUCAGCUGCGCUGGUUGUUAUCAAAAAGUGAGAUGAGAUGAGAGGAUCUGCUCUGUGAGCCUACCUCACCACUUCCACUACAUCAACACAAGAGACACCAGAAACAGAUCGAACCGGGAGCAGAGCCACCACCCCUUUUUUUAGUAUCACUCAACAAGCCAGCUAGCUGAACUAAAGCAGAGAGAUGUAGCUCGAGUCUGCGUUCAGAGUGUGUAAACUACUUUACAGUGAAAAAAACAGCUUGGUUAACUCACUGCCAUUGUGGGCUGAUUGAUUGCACUUGAUCUAGAUUGGUUUUGUGUGCAGUGACUUUUACUUAUUCAAGAACAAAAGUGAAGAUAGCUGGCUUCUGAUGGAUACUGCUUCACGGUGUCAGCAACACAUUUAUAAAAAAUGAUACAGAACAGAAUCGUUUGAUUUUAACUUGAUCUUUACAAAGCAAAGUACCACACAAGAUCCACUCGAUUGGUUCUGAAAGGGCCUUAAAUUUAAUCCGCACGAUCUUCCUGAUUUUGUGAUCUACUUUGCCAGUCUUUUUUUAUAAGUUUAAAUAUAUUGAUGACAGUUAUGUCUGCAUAAUCACCAAGAAUCUACUUAAAAUAAAAGCUGACUAAGAGAAUUA